CGAUUCGGCUCUUCGUUAGACGCGAGGACCCCGCGAUGAGGGGUCGAGUUGAGAGUUCAUUGUAUUAUAAAACAGGUCAUGACGAGACAUACAUCUCGACCUUUCUUCUUCAUCAUCUUAACCAACACAAUCCAUCAUUACAGUCUAGAGAGAGCAUUCAUACUCUGCAUACCUUUCUACCUUCUACUACGAAACCACCUCUCACAUACACAAACAUGGGUUCCAAUGCCGGCCUUGACCUCCGCGGUCUCACCCCCGCCCCCAUCACCCCCUUCAACAAGGACGGCAGUGUAGACUACGACGCCAUCCAGCGCCUCGGCUCAUGGCUCGGUAGCAUCGCCGGCGUCACAGGCUUGGUUGUUCUCGGCCACGCUGGCGAGGGCACCUUCCUGACGCAAGAGGAGCAGAUCUCCGUCAUCAAGGCCUUCGUCAAGUCGGUCGACAACCGUAUCCCCAUCAUUGCGGGUAUCACAGGCGAGGGAACCGAGGUCGCCGCCCUCGAGGCUAAGCGCGCCCGUGAGGCCGGCGCCGCGGCCGGCCUGCUGUACCCUUCGCACGGCUGGCUCCGAUUCGGCUACCAGCCCGGUGCCCCUCAGGACCGCUACAAGAGAGUUUACGAGGUCAGCGGCCUGCCCCUCAUCCUCUUCCAGUACCCCGACAACACCAAGGCCACAUACAACCUCCAGACCCUCCUCGACAUCUCGGCGCUGCCCGGUGUCUUCGCCAUGAAGAACGGUGUCCGCAACAUGAGGCGCUGGGAUACUGAGAUCCCCGUCAUCCGCAAGGAGCGCCCCGAUCUCCAGAUCCUCACUUGCCACGACGAGUACCUCCUGCACACUGCCUUCGAUGUCGACGGCAUGCUCGUUGGAUACGGCAACAUCGCCCCCGAGCUGCUGAUUGAGUUGAUCAAGGCCGGCAAGGCAAAGGACUACCCCAAGGCGAGAGCGAUCCACGACAAGCUGCUCCCCGUCACCAAGGCCGUCUACCACAGGGGGUCGCACAUGGAGGGCACCGUUGCCUUGAAGCACGCGCUCGUUGCAAGGGGCAUUCUGGAACACGCCACCGUCCGGUCACCUCUGCUUCCCUUGGAGAACGGUGCCGAGGAGGAGAUCUUCUCCGCCGUGUCGGCCGCUGCUCUUUCGCGUGUGAAAUAAAUGUAACCUUUUUUUUCUUCAGUCUUUUGUACAUAGACGACGGAUAUCAUGAUAGACGAUGAGCGGAAGGAUACCAUUCAGAUACAUCAGAAUAACC